AUGGUUAGCGAAAAAAAAGAAGAGACUAUUAUAAAGCCUACCGAAGAAUUGGCUCCCAAGAAUGGAAAAAAGGAUAAAAAAGAUAAAAAAGAACAAGAAGAAGAAUUGUCUGAAGAAGAUCAACAAUUAAAGAAUGAAUUAGAAUUAAUGGUUGAACGUUUAAAGGAAAAUAAUACAGAACUUCAUCGUCCUGCACUUGAACAUUUACGUACAGCCAUUCGUACUUCUACAAGUUCAAUGACCUCUGUGCCUAAACCUUUGAAAUUUUUAAGUCCAUUCUAUCCAUUAUUAAAGAAACUUCAUGAAUCAUGGGCAGAUUCUCCUGACAAAAAACUUUUUGCAGACAUCUUAUCAGUUCUCUCAAUGAGUUAUGGUGAAGAAGGUCAACGUGAAACAUUGAAAUAUAGAUUUAUCGGUUCUACUGAAGAGGAUAUUGGUUCAUGGGGUCAUGAAUAUGUUCGACAUUUAUCAGGCGAAAUUAUGCAAGAAUAUCAAGCACGUUUAGAAAAUGAACAAUCUACAGAAGAGUUAAUCAAAUUGGCUUUAGAAAUUGUUCCCUUUUUCCUUAAGCACAAUGCUGAAGCUGAUGCUGUCGAUCUUUUGCUUGAGAUUGAAUCUAUUGAUCAACUUCCUCGUUUUAUUGACAAAAAUACUUAUGAACGUGUCUGCCUUUAUAUGGUCAGUUGCGUCAAUUUGUUAGCUCCUCCUGAUGACCUUGAAUUCCUUAAAACAGCUCGUACUAUUUAUCGUCAACAAGAAAAAUAUGCUCAAGCACUUAAUUUAUCUAUCCGUGUUGGAGAUAUGGAUUUAAUUAAAGAAGAUUUUGAGAAUUGUCCAGAUCCUUUACUUAAAAAGCAAAUGGCAUUUCAACUUGCCCGUCAACAAAUUCAUAUUGAAACAGAGGAUGCUGAUCUCAAUGCCUGUAUCAACAAUACCAACCUUUCUCGCUAUUUCCUUUCACUUGCUCGUGAAUUGGAUGUCAUGGAACCUAAGGUUCCCGAGGAUAUUUAUAAAAGCCAUUUAGAGAACCACAGAACUGCUUUCAAUAGUAAUUUAGAUUCUGCUCGUAAUAACUUGGCUUCUUCAUUUGUAAAUGGUUUUGUUAAUGCUGGUUUCUGUAAGGAUAAGUUGAUGAUAACGGAUGAUGAGAAUGAUUCCUCUUGGAUUUAUAAGACAAAAGAGCAUGGUAUGACAAGUUCAACCGCUUCUUUGGGUCUUAUUUCCCUUUGGGAUAUUGAAACCGGCUUGGGUUUGAUUGAUAAAUACAUGUAUUCUUCUGAUGACCAUAUCAAGGCCGGCGCCUUACUUGGUAUUGGUAUUUUAAAUUCCAGUGUUCGUGAAGAAUCUGAUCCUGCUUUAGCUUUAUUAACUGAACAUUUGGAAUCAAAAUCUCUUGUUACUAAACAAGCUGCUAUUUUUGGUCUUGGUCUUGCUUAUGCUGGAUCUGCACGUGAAGAGGUGUCAGAAUUAUUGUUACCUAUCGUUAGUGAUACUACCUUAGCUAUGGAACUUUCUUCUUUAGCUGCUUUGGCCCUUGGUUUAGUAUUUGUUGGUUCUUGUGAUGGUGACAUUACUAGUACUAUUUUACAAACUAUGAUGGAACGUGAAGAUGUUUACCUUAAAGACUCGUGGUCACGCUUUAUGGCAUUAGGUCUUGGUCUUUUGUAUCUUGGUAAACAAGAUGCUUCUGAAGCUACUUUAGAAACAUUAAAAGCUAUUGAGCACCCUCUUGGUAAGCAAGCAGAAGUUUUGGUUGAAGCCUUAUCAUUUGCUGGUACUGGCAAUGUAUUAAAAGUCCAAAAGAUGCUUCAUAUGUGCAACGAUCAUUUGGAUAAAGAUAAGGAUGAUGAUACAUUCCAGGGCUUUGCUACUCUUGGUGUAGCAUUAAUUGCUAUGGGUGAGGAUAUUGGUUCUGAAAUGUCUUUACGUACAUUUAAUCAUUUAAUGCAUUAUGGUGAGCCUGUUAUUAGGAAAGCUGUUCCUUUAGCCUAUGGUCUUUUGUGUGCUUCUAAUCCUCAAGUUACUAUUCUUGACACUCUUAGUAAAUAUUCUCACGAUAAUGAUAGUGAAGUAGCUAUCAGCGCUAUCUUUGCUAUGGGUCUUGUUGGUGCUGGUACUAAUAAUGCUCGUCUUGCUCAAAUGUUAAGACAACUCGCUAGUUUCUAUCAUAAAGAUGCUUCAAGUUUAUUCAUGGUUCGUAUUGCUCAAGGUCUUUUGCAUAUGGCUAAAGGUACUAUGACUUUAAAUCCUUUCCACACUGAUCGUCAAAUUAUGUCUCCUGUCGCUGUUGCUGGUUUAAUGGCCAGUAUUAUUGCUUUUACUGAUUAUAAAUCAUUCAUCUUUGGCAAGUACCACUAUUUGUUAUAUUCUCUUGUCACUGCUAUGUAUCCUCGAUUCUUGAUUACAUUUGACGAAUCUAUAGAAAGUUUACCUGUCACAGUCCGUGUUGGUCAAGCUGUUGAUGUUGUUGGUCAAGCAGGUCGACCAAAGACUAUUACUGGCUUCCAAACACAUUCUACACCUGUUCUUCUUGCUCACUCAGAACGUGCUGAACUUGCAUCUGAAGAGUACAUACCUUUAGCACCUGUUUUAGAAGGCAUUGUCCUGUUACGAAAGAACCCUGAAUACAUGGAGGAAGAUAAAGAGUAG